CGCCUCGGGGCGGGGCGGUGUCCGCGGAGCUCAUGGCGGCGGCGCGGUGGCGGUCAGCGGCAGUAGCGGCGAUCGCUGCGGCAGGGCCAGGCGGGGGCGGCCCGGGACGGGCUCUAAGGUCGGGUUCUGCCUCAGAACCCGUUCCGAUGCCCCUCUCGGGACCGGUCGCCCCCGCCACAGCUGCGCUCUACGUGCACUGGCCCUACUGCCGCAAGCGCUGCUUCUACUGCAGCUUCAACAAGUACGUGGUGCCGGCGGUGGAUGAGGCAGCCAUGGGCGCUUGCCUGGUGCAUGAGGCACGCACCCUACUCCGCCUCAGCCAGGUGCAGAGUGUCACUUCUGUCUUCUUCGGCGGGGGGACUCCUAGCCUGGCUAGCCCCCGCACCAUUGCAGCAGUACUGGAGGGGGUCGCGGGGGCUGUCCACCUCCCUGCUGGCACCGAGAUCACACUGGAGGCCAACCCCAGCUCCUCUGACACACAGCACCUCGCUGACUUCAAGGCGGCUGGUGUCAACCGUCUCUCCAUCGGUGUUCAGUCACUGAAUGACGCUGAGCUGAGGCUCCUGGGCCGAGAGCACACAGCAGCGGAAGCACGGAGCACCGUGGAGGUGGCACGGAGGCUCUUCCCUGGCCGAACCUCCCUUGACCUCAUCUUCGGGCUGCCGGGGCAGAGCCAGGAAGCCUGGACCCGGGGACUGGAGGAAGCACUAGGUCUUUCUGAUGACCACAUCUCCCUGUACCAGCUGACACUGGAGCGAGGCACAUUGCUGGCAGCACAGGUCUGGGGUGGUGCCCUGCCUACACCCACCCAGGACCUCCUGGCUGACAUGUACCAGGCAGCCCGUGCGGUGCUGGUGGCUGCUGGCUUUCGACACUAUGAGGUCUCCAAUUUUGCAAGGAAGGGCGCCCUCAGCACCCACAACCUCUCCUAUUGGCGGGCUGAGCAGUACAUCGGUGUGGGGCCAGGGGCACAUGGGCGGUUUGUGCCGCAGGGUGAAGGCAGCUGCUGCCGGGAGGCUCGUGUUCAGACGUUGGAGCCUGAUGCCUGGAUGCAGGAGGUGCAGAGCCGGGGGCAUGGCACCAGGAGGCGGGUGGUGCUGAGUCCACUGGAGCAGCUGGAGGAGGUGCUUGUGCUGGGACUGCGCACGGACGAGGGCAUCACACAUGCGCGCUGGCAGCACGUCUCUCCCCACCUCAGCCUGGAGGCUGUGUUUGGGGCACCGGGGGAAGCAAAGGCACUGCAGCAGCAGGGCUGGCUGGUCCUGGACAGCAAUGGUCUGCGUUGCACAUGGGAGGGCCUGGCCGUGCUGGAUUCCCUCCUGCCCGACCUGCUGUGCCAGCUGCAGCGCUGCUGGGCCCCGCCGGCCACCCCUGUGCACCACACAUCAGGAACUGUGGCAGCGGGGCCCUGAGGAGGAGCCCAAUGGGGGCUGGUGGUGAUGCUGCAGGGUGCAGCAGGCUUGGGUGGGUUGGGGAGUUGUGAACAGCAGCAGUGGAGAAUAAAG